AUGGUGCCGGUUCCUUCUUUACCAGACGUCCCCCUAUCUAUCGCCGCCCCCGCCGUCGCCACCACUUUAGCUUAUCUCAAUGCCAAAUACUCCCUUUUUUAUGAUGUUAAGCUCAUCGGUGGCCUUAUCAAGACCGUUUUUCGGUCCCGCAUGGCUAUGCGCCGCGACACCUUGAACCUGUUCUACACACUGGAAGAGCGAGCCAAAGCCCCAGCGACACAGAAUCUCCCCUUCCUCACAUAUAAUGGCCGCGCUUGGACAUUCCUCGAGACCUACCAGCUCGCCCUUCGGUAUGGCACUUGGUUCAAGAGAGUCCACCAUAUCAAACCCAAGGACAUUGUCGCACUUGACUUCAUGAAUUCCUCCACCUACCUCAUUGUCGUUUUCGGUCUCUGGAGCAUCGGCGCUGUCCCCGCCCUGAUCAACUACAAUCUCACCGGAAAGCCACUGUCACACUCUAUCCAGACCUCGACCGCUCGAGUACUCCUGGUCGACGAAGAGGUGCGCCCGAAUUUCACACCGGAGCUAAUGGCGACGAUGACUGCUCCGGAUUUCCGUGAAGGCCAAGGUCCGGUUGAGAUUGUCUUCCACACCGCCGACAUUGAAGCCCAGGUGAUGCAGACAGAGCCCAAUCGUGAAGAUGACAAGGCUCGGGGUGGUUUGAUCUUGCGCGACAUGGCUUUACUGAUCUACACCAGCGGGACUACCGGACUGCCCAAGCCCGCGAUUGUCAGCUGGUGGAAAGUUUGGGCCGGUGGACUGUUCAUCACCAACUGGCUCGAAUUUUCCAAGAACGAUCGCGUUUUUACUUGCAUGCCACUCUACCAUUCGUCGGCAUUUGUGCUCGGCUUCGUCGCAUGUCUGAUGGGCUCAGCAAACCUAGUCAUUGGCCGAAAGUUCUCUGCGCGGAACUUUUGGCGCGAGGCGCGCGAGAACGACGCGACAGUCGUUCAGUAUGUUGGUGAGACUCUGCGGUACCUUAUGGCUGUUCCGCCAGCCGUCGAUGCCACUACCGGGGAGGAUCUGGAUAAGAAGCACAAUAUCCGUCUGGUGUACGGCAAUGGAUUGCGACCGGACAUCUGGAACCGAUUCAAGGAGCGUUUCAACAUCCCUACGAUUGCCGAGUUCUACGCCGCUACGGAGGGAACCUCAGGAUCCUGGAAUCUCUCAUCGAAUGAUUUCGCCGCUGGAGCAAUCGGCCGCAACGGCGGUCUUUCCAGACUGAUCAUGGGCGGCGGCAUCAAAGUCGUCGAGGUCGACCACGAGACCCAGCAGCCCUGGCGUGAUCCCCAGACGGGAUUCUGCAAGGUGGUUCCCCGUGGUGAGCCUGGGGAACUUCUCUACGCCAUCAACCCCACCGACCCGUCCGAGAACUUCCAGGGAUACUAUAAAAACUCCAAGGCCACAGAGGGCAAGAUCAUUCGCGAUGUCCUCCGCAAGGGCGACGCAUUCUUCCGCACAGGUGACAUCAUCCGAUGGGACAACGAGGGCCGCUGGUACUUCAACGACCGUAUCGGCGACACCUUCCGAUGGAAGAGCGAGAACGUGUCCACCAGCGAGGUGGCCGAGGUGCUGGGCACUCAUCCGGACGUGCACGAGGCCAACGUGUACGGUGUGGCGUUGCCCAACCACGACGGACGUGCCGGCUGCGCCGCCGUGAUUCUGGAGCAGCAGCACCACGCUGAGAACCCGUCUGUGCUGGUGCCACCUUCCCAGGCGACACUUGAUGGGCUCGCUGCCCACGUCCUUAAGAACCUCCCCCGCUUUGCUGCGCCGCUGUUCCUCCGAUUCACCCCGGAGAUGCAAGGCACGGGUAACAACAAGCAGCAGAAACACGUGCUGCGCACUGAGGGCGUCGAUCCUUCACUGGUUAGCGCCGCUGACAGGGUGUACUGGUUGCAGGGUGACAAAUAUGUCCCGUUCGAACCGAAAGACUGGAGCAGACUGCAGGGUGGACAGGUCUUGGAACACGAAGAGAGUCGACCUUCACCGUCCCACGACACGCAACUCCACAAUGCGAAGCGGUGGAUACACGACCGCCGCAAAGCCAAACGCCAGCCACAUACCGAGAUCUGCCGGCAUAGCGAGGGUCUUCGGAAUAGGACCGACGAAAUACGACUGAGACUACAGGACGCCCAUCGGCAGCUUAUGCGCGGUAUUCCAUAUGGACCAGUCAUAGUCACCCUUCCGACGGAAGAUGCACGCCUCCUCCAGACAAACAGCCAGCCACACAGCGAUCCAGUAGCUCAUCAGCGGGAGGAACGCCUCCAUGAUCUCGCGGAGGUAGUCUCUCGCCACGACCGCGCAGACGGUGCACACGAUGACCUCGACGGUGGUGAGGAGCGGGCGCGGGACGCGGGGCCCGUAGCGGCCGAGGAUCAUCUGGAGGUUGAGGCCGGCGGAGUACGUGCAGGGGAUGUUAUUGGAGACGGCGCUGAGAAGGAGCAUGACGGCGCAGAGGCGGCCGAAGCCGUUGAGCGUGGAGAAGGCUACGGUCAGCAGGCUGCCCUGCGAGGUAAGCGAGGCGUCCAUCCAGUUUCCGUUGGAGGAGACGCCGGUUGCGAGGCCGAUGCCGAGGAGGGUGGUUAG